AUGGACACCAAAACCACCAAGCCUCGUGUUCUUAUUGUCGGUGCCGGUCUUGGCGCGCUCACAUUAGCUCAAGGCUUGAGAAAGCAUGGCAUUCCCUUUGAAAUCUUCGAGCGAGACAAGGAUCCUAUCUCCCGAUCUUCAGGGUGGUGUAUUGCUCUUCACACGGUUAAUGAGAGUACCAGUAUGAUAAAUGACUUAAUUGCGUCCGCACCCGACGACAUGCCGCCAUUUAGAGAGUCAGUCGACCACCUGGUUCCCCUCGAUCUUAAUGCCCAAGUGGGAAUAUAUCGACAAGGCAUGCGCCUUGGAGUAGAGAGCACUCCAGACUACCCUGUGAUACGAGCAAAUAGGGGACGUCUUCGCAAAUGGCUCUCUACUCGAGUUCCCAUCCAAUGGGGCAAGAAGGUCGUACAGGUAGAAGAGAUCGGCGACGAAGUCCAAGUUCGUCUUGAAGAUGGUACUACGGUCACCGGCGACAUUGUGGUUGGCGCGGAUGGCGUACAUAGCGUUGUCCGAGAAUACGUCCUCCAACGGCCGAACAAAACCAUACUUCAGACCGUUCCGGCUGCCAUGAUCACUGGCGAAACCGUGGUGUCAGGUGCGGCAUUCGAGCGCCAGCUAUCUCUGGGACACAGCUCCUGGACUGUUAGUGGGCCGGAAGAUUCUGGCUACUAUCUUUUCGUGGGAUUGCGACAGGUAAGCCCGGACGGAAAAUCUGGCGAGUACUAUUGGUUUAUUGUAGUUCGCGACGAGAAUGUCGAUAAAGAAGAUCACUGGUUGCGUGUCGCUUCUCAAUCAGAGAAGCUCCGGCGUGCUUUUGAAAUAUGCCAAACACUUGAUCCCAAGUACUCGGAAAUUAUAAGAUUGACACCCCCGAGUGGGAUGUGGACCAGUCCAUUGAUAGUUCGAGACGUCGAAUUACGGGAUUUACCAGUAGGAAGGGUUACCCUUCUUGGCGAUGCUGUCCAUCCAAUGACUCCUUUUCGUGGGGAGGGUGGCGUACACGCAAUCAUCGACGCUCUCAAUCUGGGAAAGGCAUUGGGUCGACUUAAAUCCACAGAUAUUGAUUCAAUUAAGGCCAUCGUGGGUCCAUAUCAAGAGGAGAUUAUUGAAAGAGGUGUAUCUGCCGUCAGAGUAUGUAGAUAUGCGCAAAAUGUUAACUCGGGAGGGAAGGGUGAGAUGAUUGUUUGGAGUAAGAUCGCCACGCCUAUGCCCGAAGAGAAAAUCUCGCUUGGCACUGCGCCGUUUCUAAAAAGAACGAGUCAUAUUUAAAUGGCCACCUAGCUGCCUGCCUAGGUAGAGCAUCCUUCAAGAAACGAGAACAAUCCAUCCACAUUAGUUCAACAUAGCUGCAUAGAUGCCGAGCUUCGAGGAAAAGAUGAAUAUAUCAUGACAUAGGCAUGGAUAGAAUCCCUCGUAAGCCCCCAUUUCCUUGUAGGCAUAAGGUACCAGCGGAUCUCGUCUCGCUUAUCUCGGCACGGCCCGAGCGCUGGGGCUAUGGCAAUUUCCACUUCAUUGCUGAACAAAAUCAAUCUUGUUUAUUUCUUUAAGUGUGCGUAUCACCAGCGAUGAGUAUGGGUUUAUUGCUGCGAAAUAUUGUUGCACAGCCCGUUCAGCACGCCCCAUCAAAUUGGACAUAAUUAUAUGGUCCAUUGUGGUCCAGCUGGAGACUGAUGUAUCCAUGCUGCUCACCAGCUUGCGAAUGGCGAUCUGUCGCGUGGGGCAUGUCGGUGCGAUGGGUGCCUAGACGCCUGGGUGCCUGGGUAGGUCCCUGCUUACGCCCG